AUGGGUUCGCUUCUGAUACCGAUCGUCUUCAUCUCAGUAAUACUGCCGGCGCAGUGUUACUUCAGGUUCAGCAAGAUCCCCUCUGACGAUGACGAGAUCUUCCCGUACUGCCUUGACGAUUCGCCCGACUGCGAAGCGAAGCCCGUUUCACUCAUCCGUCGAGCCAGGGCGCGAUGCAAGAACGUCUUGUCGACUCAAUACCGAGCGGCCUGCAAGCUGCGACUUCGCGGCAAGGGGCUCCGCAAAGCCUGCUUCGUCGUGCCCGGGAAUGCACGAUCAUUCUGCCACGGAAUGGGCGCCUUCCUCAACAAGAAUGUUGAUCCGGGAUACGUGGACAACAUCGGGGUCAUGCUCCGAUCCCUCACCCAGUACAUGGACGAUGUCGAGACACAAGAACACGCGGCCAAGUGCACCACGGAGGAGACUCACAGAUGCGCGCUGGAAUGGACGACGAGGAGCGAUGUCGAGCUAUUCGCCGGGGUCUCUGAACUGACGCACAAUACCCUCGUCAGGACUCUGAUGGGCGACGACUUUUACGAGUCGGCCGACGAGCUCCUCAGCCUGGUGCAUGCCAUGGAGCGCGAUGUUGACAGUAUCUGGUCAUCAGUCCUUCCCGACUGGGUGCCUUCUCCGCCAUCCCUGCGACUGCGUCGUGCCCGUGAUCGUGUCAAGGAAAUCUUCUGGGAAAGACUUACAGAGAGACAUAUCGCAGCCAAGAACGGCGAGCUCGAAACCGACUUGCCGGACUACAUCACGUAUAUGCUACACGACACGAGCACGGGACCGCUAAGCCGCUACCUCGCUUCCCACCUCACUCUCCUGAUGUUUGCCUCCCACACCUCGACAGCUGCCGUCAUUUCGUGGGUCAUCGUUUGUCUUUUGCGCCACCCGGAUGUCAUGGCGGCCGUCAAGAGAGAUGCUCGAAGCGCAGCGGGCGAGUCGGUACUGCUGCAGGCUUGUAUCAAGGAGACGAUGCGCUACUACGACGCAAUGCAAUGCUUCCGCCCAGCCGCGGCCGACGCGGAGGACUCGACGUGUUUUUCGUUGCCCUACACGAAGCACGACCUCCCCGGGAACUACCCCCACUCCGACACCUGGAUGCCCGGGCGCUGGCUGAACGCCGAGAACAAGCUGGUCGACCUCGAGGAGAAGGCCGAAGAGGAUUCCGAAUGCAUGGCCGGUCGCCGAUGCCCCGGCGAGAAGCUGGCCGCGAUCCUCGUCACGCAGACUCUGAUGACGCUUCUACGCUGCUACGACAUCAAAUGGGCGACACCAGGUCAGCCUCACACUGCGCCCCUCGACGACCUCGAUUUCGAAAGGAUUGGUUCGCCGUGGCUCAAGGGAGGCCUGAGGGUGAAGGUUUCCAGACGGGUAUGGCCCGAGUUGAUGGGAGGAUGCUAA